CGGGGUCGCGGGCGGGCGACGGCAGCGCCCGGCAGAGGUGCGCGGCCUCGGCGGCCGCCUUGCCCAGCCCUCCGGCCACGUCCCCUUUGUGGCGGAGCUGGGCCGAGGGACGGGGCUCCUCCGGGCGGCUUCCUGGGGGUCGGACCCACGGAGAAGGCCCGCGGCGGCCGGGCCGCGAUGCGGAGCCGGGGAGGGGCCGGCGGGGCGCUUGGGAGCGGGCCGGGGGCUGCGGGAGCCCGGCGGCCCCUCGCCCGGCGGCCGGGGAUGGCGGGGCGAGCGCCUGUGCGCUGACUACAGUCCCCAGGAUUCAGCGGGGUUGGCAGCGCUGGAGUCCGACCUUGGGGAGGAGAAGCAGCUGUAGGGCUCCUUCCCGGCUGGAGCCGCCGGAGCGGAGCAGCCGGGGUGCCGGCGAUGCCCGGGACCCCGGAGCGGGCAGGGGCGGGCAGGGAGCCGGCCGCCCGGGGCGCGCGUCCUUCCCGCUCCGCCUGAGCCGUGCCCGGGAGGCUGCCAGGCUGUCCCCGCCGGGGCCGUGCCCUCCGUGCUGCUCGCCUGGGCCUCCGGCGCCAACGGGAAGAGCCACGAAGGUGCUGCCCCGAGGAAUGGCUGCGGAUGUGCACAAGAAGAAAGGCUGGGAAGUGCCCAACGGAUCCCUGGCGCCGGGAGAUGGGCGGCACGCCGAGCGGGCCGAGAGCCCCACGCCGGGGCUGGCGCAGGGCACGGAGCCGGGGGCGGGCCAGGAGGGAGCCAUGUUUGUGCACACCCGCUCCUACGAGGACCUGACGAGUCCCGAGGACGGCGGAGCGGCGGCCCGGAGCCCGGAGGAGAGGCAGGGGGAGCCGGCCGAGGCCACCAGCAUGGAGCAGAUCAGCAAGGACUUCAGCGAGCUGAGCACCCAGCUCACGGGCAUGGCCCUCGACCUGGAGGAGGAGAUGCGGCCGAGCAAGGAGGGGAAGCUGGAGCCGUCCCCGCAGGCCGCCCGCCGCGACUCGGUGCUCUCGGGCAGGGAGGAGGAGGACGUCACCAUGGACACCUGGCGCAUGCACCGGAAGCAUGUGUUCGUGCUGAGCGAGGCGGGCAAGCCCGUGUAUUCCCGCUACGGGUCCGAGGAGGCCCUCUCCAGCACCAUGGGUGUCAUGAUGGCCCUGGUGUCCUUCCUGGAGGCUGAGAAAAAUGCCAUCCGGUCCAUCCACGCAGCAGAUGGCUACAAGGUGGUCUUCGUGCGGAGGAGCCCACUGGUGCUGGUGGCAGUGGCGCGGACUCGGCAGUCGGAGCAGGAGAUCGCCCACGAGCUGCUCUACAUCUACUACCAGAUCCUGAGCCUGCUCACCUGGACCCAGCUCAACCACAUCUUCCAGCAGAAGCAGAACUAUGACCUGCGCAGGUUGCUCGCCGGCUCCGAGCGCAUCACUGACAACCUCCUCGACCUCAUGGCCCAUGACCCCAGCUUCCUCAUGGGUGCCGUGCGCUGCUUGCCCCUGGCUGCCAGCGUCAGGGAUGCUGUGAGCACCAGCCUCCAGCAGGCCAAGGCCAAGAGCCUCGUCUUCUCCAUCCUCCUGUCAGGGAACCAGCUGGUGUCUCUCGUCAGGAAGAAGGACCAGUUCCUCCACCCCAUCGACCUCCAUCUCCUCUUCAACCUCAUCAGCUCUUCCUCCUCCUUCCGGGAGGGCGAGGCCUGGACUCCCAUCUGCCUCCCCAAGUUCAAUUCCAGCGGCUUCUUCCACGCCCACAUCUCCUACCUGGAGCAGGAGAUGGACCUGUGUCUCCUGCUGGUCUCCACUGACCGCGAGGACUUCUUCACCGUCUCCGACUGCAAGCGGCGCUUCCAGGAGCGCCUGCGGCGGCGGGGGGUGCACCACGCUCUGCAGGAGGCCCUGCGCACCCCUUUCUACAGCGUCGCCCAGGUGGGCAUCCCUGACCUCCGGCACUUCAUCUACAAGUCCAAGAGCUCGGGGCUCUUCACCAGCCCUGAGGUUGAGGCACCCUACGUGCGGCAGGAGGAGAAGGAAAGGCUCUUGGGGCUCUACCAGUACCUCCACAGCCGGGCUCACAACUCUUCGCGCCCCCUGAAGAACAUCUACUUCACGGGCCCCCGCGAAAACCUCCUGGCUUGGGUAACCAGCGCCUUCGAGCUCUACAUAUGCUACAGUCCCCUGGGGACCAAGGCUGGCGCCAUCAGUGCUGUCAACAAGCUCAUGAAGUGGAUCCGCAAGGAGGAAGACCGGCUCUUCAUCCUGACACCCCAGACGUACUGACGGGCAUCGCCCACGCGUGAUGCCGGCUGGGGGGGGCCCUGCUGGGCUGGGGCGCCCAUCCCUCAGGGCAGCCCGGGCCAUGCCCAAUCCUCCUCGUGAGCAAGGGGGAGAGGGCACGGAGUGACCCCGGGAGCGCGGGGAAACCCACCCGUGGGACCGCGAAACCCGGGUGUUAGAGACGGGGGGCAAAGCUGCCUGGGGAAGGGGUGAGCAGGGCUUUCGCUCAUCUUCAGGCAAUGCCCUCCCUCCAGGGGGGCUGCCCUUCCUCUGCGGCCCCAGGGUCGGUCCCUCGCUGUGGGGCUCCUGGAGCGGGGCUACAGGUGUCCCCUCGUUGCUGGAAGAGAGCUGAGCCCCCCAGGUCCCGCAGCCCGCGCCUGGCACCCUCCGUGCACCGCUGUCCUGCGGCCGUGCCGAGGGUGGGGGGCUCCCUGGGGGGAUGUGGCAGUGCUGGGGGCCCCUGUACUGCUGUGCCCGCAGUGGGCAGGUGACAGCGCCUGGCUGGGGACAGGGCUGGCCCCGGCACUGCCAGUGCUGCUCCUUGCCCUGCCCGAGGGGAGCAGUGUCCCUGGAUGCCAGGACCACCCCGGAGCCCUGAUCCUGGCAGGCUGGCCUGGAGCCACGGCUGCGAGAAGGGCCCGAGCGGUGCCCCUCGGAGGCGGAGGGCCUGCCAGAGCCGGCAGCGGCUGUUUGUGCACCCACAGCAACUAUGGGUGCUGAGGUGGCCCAAGCACCGCCUGCCACGCUCGGCUUGUCCUCGGGCAUGGCAGGUCAGCGAGGGCCCUGCCUACCUCCCCGUGGGCACACGAAGCAGCCCCAGAGACUCGGGGUGGCAGGAUGCCUGGCGGGGUGCUCGGGGCCGUGUCGGGCUGCCGGAGGGUGGCUCCCGAGUUGGCCACCCCCUCGGAUGGUGGUGGCAGAAUCAGCCCCAUCCUGCCCCCCACGCGAUGCCAGACCCCUCGCAGCAUGCCCCAAAGGGGCAGCUUGAGCGCAGCCCACCCGAGACCCCACUGGCACGGGGCCGUGGCGCUGCGUGGCCCAGGAGGGUCUUUGCCCAAACCCGGCCCCUUGAGCCAGCUCCACUGGGCGCCUGGGACCGGUGUCCCCGGUGGGGAAGCAUGGCCUGACCACACGUUUUGGGGCUGUCUGCCGAGCACUGGGGUAGACGUUCGGGGAGGAGGAGAGUGACCACAGCGACACCGAGGGAGCUGGGAAGGACCAGGCAGGGCUAGGGCAGGAACUUUGGCUCCUGUAUUUACACUCCUGCCAGACUGUAAUUGCUUGUCUUUGCUCAUAAACAUUAUCUGGACCCGAAA